AUGCGAUUUUCUGCCCUACACGGCCGUAGCAGACCAAUAGGGACCGUACAGAAUAUCACAAAUGAUACAGUUACCAUCCAACGACUUAGGUUGCAAUUUUUAGUGAAUGGUGAGCCUAAAAAGCUUCAGAUCAGCACUAACUUGCACACUAGUUUCGAGCGUGCAGGUUCAACGGAUGAUUUAAAAUAUUCCAUCAACUAUGCCGUUCUUUCAAGACAACUUUUAGAUUAUUCAAAAGAAAAUGCCAAAAGAUCUUUUCCCACAUAUAGCAAUUUAGGAAUGCAUAUAUUCAACGAUAUAUUGUGCAACUUGAAAGCAUGCAGAAGUGCAAAAGUUGAGAUCAGUCGUCAACUUGAUGCUGGCGGAGAAUUUGGCGUGGAAAUGGAAAGAACUAAAGCCGACAAUGGUGAAUUUAUAUGUGAUAAGCUUACCAGGGACCAGAUUAAUAUCAAUGGUCUUAGAUGCAUGGCUGUUAUUGGUGUAUUCACUUUUGAAAGGUUUAAGAAGCAGCCGGUUGUGCUGGAUAUUACUAUUCCAAUGAAAUUUGAUGGGCAGACGAAAGUACCCGGAUUUAAUGAAUCACUGGCUAUGAAAAUACGACAGUAUGUUGAGGAAUCAAACUUCAAAACUGUAGAGGCAUUGUCAAUCAAUGUGAACAAGAUGAUUUUGCAGGGUCUCCCAGAGGACGAUGCCAAAGUUAGUGUUAGCGUUCGUAAGCCAGACGCAAUAGUUGGUGCUGAAUCAGUUGGCGUACAAUCCGAUAGAACAAGGGAACAGAUCCAUGAUAUUAAUAGUGUUGCUAAAUUUGACUCUUCGGCAGCAUCAACUGAUAAGUUUCAAAUACCCAAUCUUAACAGUGAAUCUCAAAUGAAAGUAGAAACAACAAGCAUAAGCCAUCAUAUUGCAUAUUUGGCAUUUGGAACAAACCAGGGAAACCAGCUCCAGAACAUAAACAACGCUUUAAAGGCACUUGAAGCCAAGAAAAUUCACAUUAUCGCUACUUCAUCUCUUUAUAGAUCAAAGCCAAUGUACUAUUUAGAGCAGGCAGACUUUUUCAAUGGAUGUCUAAAAGUGAGUACAGAUUUGACACCAGAGGAACUAUUAAAAGAACUCAAAGAUAUUGAGUACAAUAUUUUACAUAGGGUCAAGAAGUUUGCGAACGGUCCACGCUCAAUUGAUCUAGAUAUUAUUUUGUACGACAACCUUAUAGUUAACACACCGGAUCUUAACAUUCCACAUAUCAGGAUGCUUGAGCGAACAUUUGUGAUGCUUCCUCUAUGCGAACUUGUUCCUCCCGAUAUGCUUCAUCCAGUUACAGCUGAACCUUUACAUUCACAUCUUCAACAGCUAUUAACUGGGGAAAAGAAGGUCGAUAAGAACAAACAGGAAAGUUCAGAUUUAUGGACAAUAGUUCCAAUACAGAAAGAGGAUGGCAGUGUAAGAUAUAUGAAAUACGGAAGCAUCCACAAGAAAUCAAAGACUCAGCUUAUGGCCAUUCUGAAUGUUACUCCGGAUUCAUUCAGUGAUGGAAGCGUGGAUAAUCUUAGAAUGAGUAAUGCGAUGGAUCGUGUUGCAUCUAUGAUAUCCAAUGAUGUUGACAUUAUUGAUGUCGGCGGAUGCUCAACUCGUCCAAAUUCGGUACAGGCUACGGAGGACGAAGAGCUUUCGAGAAUUCUUCCUGUUGUGAAGGCAAUAAAGAAGAAGUAUGGUGACAAGAUAUUAGUAUCCAUUGAUACAUAUCGUGCAAGGGUUGCUGAAGAGACUAUUAAGGCUGGUGCUGAUAUAAUUAACGAUAUCAGUGCUGGUAUGUUUGAUGAUAAAAUGUAUUCCGUGGUUGCAAAAUAUGGGGUCCCAUACAUAAUCAACCAUACUCGUGGUAAUAUCAACACCAUGACUAGCUUGACAGAUUAUAACGCGACACCAGAUGGAAAUUUUGUCAUUUAUAACGAAAGAACAACGGAAGGCGAGAUCGAAAUAGGUGAAAUAGGAAAAGAAUUGUCAAAACUGAUGUGUAAGAUGUUUCAACAAGGAAUUAAACGCUGGCAACUUAUUUUAGAUCCAGGACUUGGAUUUGCCAAAGGUUUGAGCGCUAAUGUGAUGGUGAUAAGGAAUCUACCAUACUUCAAAUGCUAUAAACAACUUGACAAGAGGACCGGGCAGUAUAUAUCCUUUGAUAAUAUUCCAGUCCUUCUUGGACCGUCCAGAAAGAGAUUCAUUGGUGCUAUCACAGGUAAGAAUCCGGCGAAGAAAAGAGUUGAAGGAACAGGAGCAUGUGUUGCGGCGGGGAUAGGCUUUGGGUCCGAUAUUGUUCGUGUUCACGAUUACAUGGAGAUGAAAGAUGUUUGCUUGAUGUCCGAUGCUAUUUAUAAAGGCAUAUAUUAG